UAAAAAAAAGUUCACACCCUUGUGAUCUGUGCCAUAAAAUAAUUAAACAGAAUAUAAGAAACUCCAUUAAACCUCUUCUACAUCUCUCUUUUCUCAAAUUUUCUCUUACUAUUUUCCCCCACCUCCAUAAUGGCAGACUACGAUGGAAACCACCACCACCAACAACCAAUCCCUAAAGAAACAGCACUGCAAGCACUAAACACAAUAAUCCAACUUCAUUUUGAGAAGACCCUCGAAAAGAAAAGAGCAAUCGACCUACAAAAGAAAGAACUCCACAAGCUGUUCCUUCUUUUCUUCAUCUUUCUUUCUCUUAUGUUCAUGGCAGAGACACAGCCUAACGGUCUCCAAUGCCGCCACUGCUGGGCACCCAUAAUCCUCCUUUCUUUAGCACAUCUGAUCUUUUAUGUAUCUGUGGCUCAAACACUCAGGUGCAUCAAUGGGUUCAAGUACCAAAGAAGGUGCCAUAAGCUCACUCUUGGGUUAGCCACAGAGAAGUUAAGAGAAUUAAAGAUGAGACUGAUGGCCAGUGGGGGCAGUGAGUACGGUGGCGGCGGCGAUCAUGUUAUUAGCGAUGAAGGUGAACUUGAGAUUCAUUAUCAAGAACCGCCUGAGAGUUAUUUUGGUAAAUUUAAAAGGAACUGGGCUUUGCAUUUUGGUUUCUUGAUCUUGAUUUAUGGGUGUAUGGUUUCUUCUUCUGUUGUGAUUCUUUGUUAUUAAUUGGUUAGCUUAUAUUUUCUGGGGUUUUUAUUUUUGGGAAAUUCUCAAUUCUUGUGUAACAAUGUGAAAAAUUCUUGACUAGAUUCAAUUCCAAUCUUGAAUUCUUGUUUCUUGGUACAUCUUGAGUGCUCCCAUUUAUUUCACUGAAUGAAAGAAGAUGAAAUUGUAGAUGGGUUUUUUUAAUGAUGAAAAGGGCCAUAUGCUUUGAAGGAAUAAUUUUAUGUUUUUGGGGAGUACUUUUGUCACUUUCUCUGUGGUGUGUGAAAGUGGAACUGAAAAUCUACUUUUUCAAGUCUGAUGAUGGCAGUUUGUAUUAUGAAAAGAGACAGAAGUGAAUUUAUUUAUAUAUUUGUUUGUUUAA